AUGAAAUCCGCUAUGUUCUCCAAAGUGCUGCUGUUCGGAUUCUUGUCCAAUUGCAUGUUUUAUGUUGUUUCUGCGCAACAAACAUAUGGAAAUUCAACGGUUUCGGCACUUUUCGCUUUUGGAGACUCAAUACUUGAUACGGGCAACAAUAAUCUUCUUUUAACUCUUACUAAAGUCAACUUUUUCCCAUACGGUCGAGACUUUAUCGGCGGAAGAGCCACGGGAAGAUUUGGAAAUGGGAGAGUUUUCUCGGAUAUGAUUGCUGAAGGUUUGGGUUUGAAGAAUCUAUUGCCAGCAUAUCGUGAUCCUAGUCUUUCGAGCAAUGAUCUACCGACUGGUGUUUGUUUUGCAUCCGGUGGAUCUGGACUUGAUGUUAUGACUGCUAGAAUACAAGGAGUUAUAUGGGUGUCAGAUCAGGUGAAAGACUUCCAAAACUACGUCACGAAACUAAACAAUGUCGUAGGAAGUCAAGAAAAAACAAACGAAAUUAUAUCAAAUGCCGUUUAUUUAAUCUCAGCGGGGAAUAACGAUAUUGCUAUCACAUAUUUCAUGAUGCCAAUUAGAAAAUUACAAUACACUCUUCCAGCAUACACUGAUCUCCUCGUCACUUGGACUCGUGAUCUCAUAAAGAGUUUAUACGAUAUGGGUGCAAGAAAAUUCGCGGUUAUGGGAACACUACCGCUAGGUUGCUUACCGGGAGCAAGAAACAUGGUUGGAAAUCUAAUGAAAAUAUGUGAAAUCUUUUCCAAUCAAGCAGCUGAAAUGUUCAACAGGAAAUUAUCUGCCGAACUUAGCAAUCUUGGCACAACAUUCCCGGGUGCCAAAUUCAUGUAUAUAGAUAUGUACAAUCCUCUUCUUGGUCUCAUCAACAACCCCCAAGCUUCAGGGUUUAUUGAUGUAGCUGAUGGAUGUUGUUGUACGCCAACGUCUGUAAUACCGUGCUUAGACGCGUCACGUUACGUGUUUUGGGAUGUUGCUCAUCCAAGUGAGAAGUCAUACAAAAUGAUCACACCAAAGAUUAUUGAAGAUAUCAGAGAACAGCUCGCAUGA